AUGCCUCAUCUCGCUGUACAAGUCCCCGCCGCCAAGGCCCCUCUCGAAAUCCGAGAAAUCGAGACUCCCCAGCCUGGACCCAAUGAACUCCUGGUCAAGAACCAGAUCAUCGCCAUCCAACCCAUCGAUGCUAAGAUCGCCAAGGUCGCUAUGCUUCCCCUUCCGUACCCAGCUAUUCUCGGCAGUUCCUUCGCUGGCACUGUUGAGAAAGUUGGUUCAGAUGUCAAAGACUUCAAGGUCGGUGACAAAGUUGUUGGACAGAAGACUGCUGGAGCUAGUGAUAGCAAGUACAGCGCUUUCCAAGAGUACUCUAUCUCAUCCGAGGUUACCACUACAAAGGUUGAUGAUGAUGAGACCAUGGAUCUUGCUGUUCGUCUUGUCGGUAACCUGCCUACCAUUCCCGCCAUCUUCAACUAUACCCUGAGCCUGGAGCGACCGGUCCCUGGCGAGGAGCCCAAGUCUCAGGGCAAGCGUAUCUUGAUCUACGGUGGUACCUCCAGCAUCGGAAGUAUGACUGUGCAAUAUCUUACUCAGGCUGGAUACGAAGUCAUCACUACCACUUCCCCCAAGCACAAGGACUUUGUGUCCAAGCUUGGUGCUUCCAAGAUUAUCGACCACUCUCAAGAACCCGAGGCCCUCACUAAGGAACUCACCGCCGCUGGCCCCUACGAUAUCGUUCUCGACACAAUCUCAACCGGAGCUACAGUCAAGCUUCUCGCAGACAUUGUCGCGGCUCAAGGUGGUGACUCAGUCUACGCUCUCCAGCCACCUUUUGGUCCCGAGACUCUCCCUACUGGUGUCACACGCAAGUUCGAGGGCUGGUCUCUAGUACUCGGUAAGGAGGAGAACGCAGAGCUGUUGAAGUGGAUUUUUGGCACAUACCUCCCCAAGGCUCUUGCUACGAAGAGUUUGGCCUCUGUGCCUGCGAGAAAGAUUCCCGGAGGGCUUGGUGGAAUUAAUGAUGCUUUGGACCUUCUGUUCUUCAAGGGUGUCAGCAGUGAAAAGGUCGUAAUUGACCUUCGGGAUUAA